CCGGGUGGGCUGUCACUUCCUGUGGGCAUGCGCAGUGGCAGCGUCAAGAUGGCGGCGGGGAGCGGCGGCCCGGCGGCGCGGGAGCUGUUCGCGGAGGGAUUGCUGCAGUUCUUGCGGCCGGCGGUGCGGCAGCUCGACGGACACGUGCACGCCGUCAGGGAGAGCCAGGUGGAGCUGCGGGAGCACAUCGACAGCCUGGCUACAGAGCUGUGCCGCAUCAACGAGGACCAGAAAGUGGCGCUUGACCUCGACCCCUACGUGAAGAAGCUGCUGAACGCCCGGCGCAGGGUGGUGCUGGUCAACAACAUCCUGCAGAACGCCCAGGAGCGGCUGCGGCGGCUGAACCACAGCGUGGCCAAGGAGACGAUGCGCAGGAGGGCCAUGCUGGAGGCGGCAGGCGGGUACCCCCAGGGCCUGCCCGGCAAGUGAGCCCCGCUGCAGCACCCGGCCGGCCCCACGGCGCUCACAGCCACCCCUGGGAGCUGGGACGGAGCAGGAGCAGCUCUGCGUGCUGAGGUGCGACCCUGGGCCUCGCAAGGACUGGGCUGCGCAGAGCUGGGAGCCCGGUGUUCGCAGCACAGGAGGGGUGAGGAGCCCCGCGCUGCACGGUGCGGUGCUUCAGCUGCAGCGUAAGGAACCGGGGCACUGUGGCUGUUGCGUUUUCAGGCUUGUAGGCAGCGUAAUAAAAGGGACUGCGUGUUGCUUACGGA